AUGCAGAGUGCCGAGACGCUCUCGCCGCGUCCCGUCUCGCUGUUCGCCUCUGCGCCUGUGCCCGGUGCUUCACCGCCGGCAGACUGGGCAACCCACCCGCGCGUUGCUUUCCCGCCUCCGGCAUGUGAGCAGAUCGCGGACCCGCAGUCUGGCCUCGACGCAACGCACCGUUUCGCUGCGAAGAAAGAAGGCGCGCGCGUGCGCCUCGCGCCCCAACGCAGCCUCGCAGCCUCGCCCGGCUUGCCAGGCGCCGACACGGUUCCAGGCGCCUCGCCGAGUCCCCAGGCUGUCUUCGGCCCGCAUGCAGAAACGGCUGCAGAAAAACGCGGCGCGCGCCUCGCCUCCUCUGCCGCUCUGGGGCGCGAGGCAUCCCGCCGAAAGCUGGCGGCGCCUGUAAAGCCGAAACCGUUGCAGACGCAUGCGCCGGCGCAAAUCUCCGGCGGGCACGCGGGGCCCGCUGAAAACCGCCAGACUGCCUCACUCGCAGCGCACGCGGACCCGGUUCCGAGCUACAGCUCUGUCCAAAGAAUGCAUCGGACCGCGCCUGGACCGCAUGCGCUGCCGACUCCCAGCGCGGCCUGCGUCGCUUCCGUCAGCCGCGAGACGCAGCAGCGCGUGCGGCUCAGUCCUCAGGGUGGCGCGCCGUACCUCGCCAUUCCAAACAUGUACACCCCGGCGACGGCUCCUGACUCGGAGGCGUAUCCGCGCGCGAGCGCUGACCUGUUCCCGCGGGCCAGCGACGCGUCCUGGAUCUCCCAGGCACAAGCGUCGUCGACGCCGCUCCUGUUGGGAUCAGCCGGCGACGCUCCGGGACGAAGGGUGCGUGGCGCCUUUGAGGGGACGUGCGAGGUUCGCGCAUGCACGCAGGAGAAAGAGCUCUUCAGCGUGGGCCACGCGGGGCGCCGCGCGCUCGUCGACGCCCACGGGGCUGCGUCUCUCUCGGCUUCAGCGCACGCGGGGGCGUCUGCGUCGGGCUCUGUGGGGUAUUUCCCCCUCGUCUGCAUGCUCUUCAUGUCCGUCAUGUGCAACUUUGACCACGGCGUCAUCCCCGCCGUCCUGGGAGAUCUGCAAGAACACUUCACGCAGAUGGGCUUCGUCGAACAGAGUCUCCUCGGAUCCCUCGUCUACUUUGGCCUGAUUGUCGGCACUCUUUUUGCAGGCGUCUCCUACCAGCAUCUCGGGGCGAAGUGGCUGCUUGUCGCCUCCCUGACGUGUCUCAGCGCAGGGCUAUACGUUUUCUCCUCCUCCUCGAGCCUCGCCGUGAUGUACAUCAUGCGGUUUUGCAUUGGACUCUGCCAAGCCUUGCCAGUGGUUUACGUCCCGGUGUGGGUUGACGCCUUUGCUCCUGAGGGCCAGGUCACGCGCUGGAUGGCCUUUACGCAACUCGGCGGUAUCGGAGGAACGGUCCUCGGUUACUUCCUCGGCGGAGUGCUCUCGAAGUUCCACGGCGCAAACAGCUUCGGCCUCGCCGCCACGUCUUGGAGAACGCCGUUCGUGAUUCAGUCCGUUGCGCUCCUUCCCUUGAUUUGCGCCCUCGCGUGUUCGGCCCCAAAGACAGUGAACCUCCCUCCGUCCAGCUACGCGCAUCUUGACCCCGAGCGGGAAGGCGGACUGCCGAUGCUGGGAGACGGCGCGACGGCGGGGGGCGAGGAGUCUUCGGCAAUGCGAUCCGUCUGGCGGGUGCUGCAUGCUUCGCUCAAGGGGGUACACAGUCUGUUGAAGAAUCCGCUCUACGUGAUUAUCACCCUCGGAAUGAGUACGCUGUACUUUGUGGUCACGGGCAUCCAGUUCUGGGUCACCGAGUACAUGGUUAUCGUCCUCAAGUUCAACAAGAUCACCGUCGUCGUUCUCUCCACACUUUGCUUCUUGACUGCUCCGACGUCCGGAGUCUGGUGCGGAGGGUACGUGUGUGACCAGUGCGGCGGCUACCGCGGAGGCCAACAACGAACGGCAGUCCGAGUUGCGACGGCCUUUGCAGGCAUCGCUGCGCUUCAAGCCGUCGCGUGCGUGUAUGUCUCAAACAUUUUCCUCUUUGCCGGUUUGCUGUGGGGAUCCCUCUUCGCUGGAGCCGCUCUCGUCCCUGUGGCCGUGGGCAUGAUUCUCUCCUCCGUCCCCGUGCACCAGCGGAGUCUCUCUUCCGCAGUGUCGCAGUUUGCGUACCACGUCUUCGGCUGGUUUGCAGCGCCCCUGGCAAGCGGCGCGGUGAUGGAUUUUGUGGAUACCUGGCAGUCUCAGCAAGUUGCCUUGGAAGCUACCAAGGAACUCCCGCUCGCGGUUGGGUUUUCCAUGAUUUUGUGCGUGAGCGUCCUCGGCUUCGGCUUCUUCGCCACUGCGAAUCUCCUGACUCUCCCUUCCGAGAAAAUUGAGAAGGAAGAACUCGAGUUGCAGCUUGCUCGCAGUCGCCUGCCGACACUUUCCUUCUGA